GACCCGUUUCUCUAACUUGCCUGUCGCCGGAACAACAGUAAACAACUGUGAGUUGAACGUUGCAGAGCGGCAAAGUUGCGUACGAGUUAAAACAAAAAAAAAGGAAAAAGUACUAUUAGAAAUGGGAAAAUUGCUACAAAAGCUGUCCAUACAGGUCAGUUUGCUGCUGAUGUUCAUCUGCCUGAUGCAAGCUUUAGACUUUCACGAGCAGCAGUUGCAGCAACAGACGCUGGACGAGCAGCUGCGCCUGCAACACCAGCAACAGAUGCAGCAACAGCAGCGUGAGCAGCAGCUGCUACUACGUCACGCCUCCACGACAACGACACGAAAGCCCUAUGUGAUACCCCAAGGUCUGUCGCUGCCACAACGCGGAAUAAAUCCGCCGAAAUGUUUCCGGGAAGUGCCUGCUGUGUUCUUUCAGUACGACAAGGAUGUAAAAAUCGUUGGCAACAGCACCGUCGAUCGGUACUUCAAUGUCAUCGAGGUCUGCUGCAAGGGCUGGCGGCGUUACGAGUAUGAUUGGAGCAGAUGUGUUCCGGAUUGCGGCGAUCGUUGCCAGGAGAAUGGUUUUUGCUUGCCAGGCGGUCGCUGUCAAUGUUUCAAUGACUUUGUACUCAACUAUCGCAACAAUUGUGUGCCCACCUGUCCGCUGGGCUGUCCCCAUGGCCAGUGCUUUUUGAAUGGCACUUGCAGAUGCGACAAGGGAUUCGAGCUGGACGGCUCGAAACGCUUCUGCCAGCCACAGUGCAACACCACUUGUGGCCACAACGAGAUCUGCAUGGAGCCCGGCAAGUGUGUCUGUGCCGAGGGCUAUGCCAGAGGAUUGCGUGAAUCCGAUUCCCUGGGCUGCCAGCCCAUGUGUAUUCCCGAUUGCGGCUAUGGACAUUGUGUAGCACCAAAUCAAUGCGAAUGCUUUCCCAACUACAAAAAGCGUGAAAAUCGCUCAUCCUGUGAGAGUGAUUGUUAUUUUCGAUGUGAGAAUGGCUUCUGUGCAAAUCGCACAACCUGUGUGUGUCAAAAUGGCUAUCGAUACGAUCAGAACACGACCAGCUGCCUGCCGGACUGUGGAGACGACUGUGAAAAUGGGGUUUGCAUUUCCCCGGGAAAUUGUCGCUGCUUCAAUGGCUAUGUGAGGAAUCGACAGCGUUGCGAGGCGGUCUGUGAUCGCGGCUGCGGCUUCUAUGGCCGAUGCAUUGCACCCAAUGUGUGCGGCUGUGCCGUUGUUCCAGGCCCCUUUAGCAGCUACCAGAGAUGCGAAAAUGGCUAUUGCAAUGCCGAGGGACACUGUCGCUGUGUGGUGGGCAAGACUCGAUUCAUUGACAUGUGCAUGUCCCCGGAUGCGGUUACCACAUAUGCUGCCAUGAAUCCACCGCGGGUGAAUGCCUCGCUGAUGCAUGAGUUCGAUCUUCUGCUGGGCAGGCACUUUACACUGGGUGGUGUCGACAUGUAUCACUCUUCCAUGUGGUGGGUGUAAUGUGGAGCGAUAAGCAUACUAUAAAUGUAAAUCCAAAUACGCAUAAUUAAUAUUUACGUUUUCGAUGUCAAGCAUAAAAGAAAAUAUUGUCUUGAAAUUGAAAUACAGACUAAAACAAUA